GCCCUUGGUGAGCAAAUGAAGAGGAGUACAUACCAUCAUCAAAAUUCGAAUCUCUAACGCGGAAAGCCGACGUCGGAUCAGUACAAUAUUAUGGAUUCAUCGACGAGUCCGUUGACGACAGCGACGUCGAUAUUGAUCAUUCCCGUAAAUGAAACCUCGGCAGGAGGACCGAAGCCUUUAGUGAGUGUUUUAGGACAGAGUAUUAUCUAUGGCAUCACUGCUCUUCUUGCUGUUAUAAGUAACGGUCUCAAUCUUGUCGUGCUUCAUCGAGUACCGAACUGCUUUGAUGACGUAACCCAAAUCAUCCUCAAGUUCCUUGCGCUAACAGAUUUGUUGACAGGCGUGUUCUGUACAUCACUCACCAUUGUCGUGUCCAUAUUACGUCAUCUGCAACUGAACGAGGUGUGCGCCAUACGUCGUUGUUUCUGCAGUUCUUUCGUCAAUAUAUCAUCCCUUUUCGUCGCCUUUGCCUGUCUUGACCGCUUUCUUGCCAUCACACGACCGCUUCAUUACCACACAAUCAUGACCGUCCGCCGGGCUCGGAUAACAAUCUUAGCCAUCGCCAUUUUCGGGACGUUGGUUGGUGCCUUUAGUGUUUUCCCAAGCUCUAGAACGACGCUCUGCAUCUCUAAUUUCACCUCGAAUUCGAGUUUACGGUUCAGACCGAGCGUCUUGGUUUCCAUAACAACGUUCUUUGGGAGUUUAGCUGUAGCAAUGUACACCAACACGAGGGUGGUUGCCGUUGCGGUACAUCAGACAUACCGCGUCAACGACGAAGCGGUUGCGAAUGGAUCCGCUGCGGGGGACGCACCCGCGCAACGUCCUAAACUGCGCGGACUAACAGCAAUCGUAAUUGCGACGUCGGCCUACUGCGUUGCGGUGAUCCCGUGGGCGAUCGUCUCCGCUGCGCAGAUGGAUCCAUCGAGCACGAUUUCGUCACCCGACGUCAGGUUCUUCACUAGUCUCCUCCUCCUCAGUAACAGCUAUUGGAAUCCGCUCAUCUUUGCUGUCCUCAGUAACAAGUUCCGUGCCGCUGUGAAAAAGACCCUUGGUAUUAAAAGCGAAGAUAAUCAGAAUGGGAGCGUCACCAUGUCAUCUAUUGCGGCUAGCUAGAUUAUAAUGGUUAUGAACUAGAAAAUCAAGGGGAAAGUUUCCCUUUUAAGGAGGCAUGAUGGAAUAAAUUGGUAUAAUAACUCAGGGAAUAUCGUAUUCAUGCGCCCCGCCUCCACUUAUUGGUAGGUCUACUCUUGUUAUGCAAAGUUCAGACAGUCCAUGCAAAGAC